CACCAAAAUUUUAAACUCUUUGCAUAUCGAGAAAUCGAUCCCAGUUUGAGAUUCAAACUGGCCUUCAAAGCAGGUAGGAGACAAGCACGUUUUUCAAGCCAUUUUCAAAUCUAGCACAAACAUAAUGGCAUUUUCGUGAAUAAGCACUUUUUUCAAGUCAUUUUCAAAAACUUUACACAGCCAAAGUUUCAAAAUCCGAGCGUUCAUGGUGUCGUUCUGAAAAAAUAAAUAUUCUGAACCUUGACAAGGCUCAGACGCUGCAACACGAGCCUGCUGGCCUCCGACUCAUCUCACUGCUCCGGUACUCCCUCAGUUGCCACUUGUCUUUUCAGCUCUCUCCAUUUUCAUCACUUACGUUCUGGCUUUAGAUCUGCGCCUUUUUGUUUUGUCUUCUUUAUGUUUGAAUUUGAAGGUAAUUUAAAAUAGAAGCUUGAUUAGAAGAAGAUUUAGCUGGAAGAAGAAAUAAAGAAGAAAAUCGAGAUGGUGAUGAAAGAAAGAGACGAAGAGCUGGCCUUGUUUCUUGAAAUGAGGAGGCGCGAGAAGGAGAAGAGUAAUCUUAAUCUUCUUGUUCACAGCUCUGAAGAUGUCAACAGUAACAGUACUCCUCUAGCUCCUAAUAAUGGAGGAUCUCCUAUAUCGAAGAUUUUGUCGUCUGUUCCGACUCGGAAGACAGCUGCUGAUAAUUUUUUGAAUUCGGAGAAUGAUAAAUCUGAUUAUGAUUGGCUUCUUACACCACCUGGUACUCCACUGUUUCCUUCUUUGGAGACGAUGGAAUCACAGAAAACAAAAAUGCGUCAAAUUGGAAUGUCUAAUGCUCGUCCAACUGCUUUGAAAACAAGGUUACCUAAUCUUCAGGAAGAACCUGCUUCAAGAAGUGCUGUAGCAUCCAAGGAUCCAACUGUGCCGUCUAGACUAAACUCUUCUGGUAUUGCCAACAGGAGGCCGUCAUCAUCUGGUGGUCGAACUUCUGCCACUAGAGCUGCAACACCAACCAGGCAGCCAACUUUAACCACAACAGCUAAGCCUUCAAGACCCUUAACUCCUACUUCAAGGGCCACCUUGCCCUCCUCUAAACCGGUUGCUUCUGCAGUGAGAUCCUCAACUCCUACUGUGAGAUCCUCAACUCCUAGUAGAUCUACUGCACGCUCUUCAACACCAACUGCUAGGCCCACUGCAGCAGCUCCUAAACUAGUACCAAGAUCGGCAACUCCAACUUCUAGAUCAACAUCAAGAUCUGCAACACCAACUCGUCGACCGUCAGCCCCUUCCAGUGCACCUAGUGUAUCUGCUCCUCCUGUUCGUUCUUCUACAGUAUCAAAGUCAGGUUCUACAACUUCGAAAAAUCCUGUUCCAUCACGUGGCACUUCUCCAACGGUAAAAUCUAGGCCUUGGAAACCUUCUGAGAUGCCUGGUUUCUCACUUGACGCUCCACCAAAUCUAAAGACAUCAUUGCCUGAGCGGCCAGCUUCAGCUUCUCGGGGCAGGCCAGGGACACAGAGUAACCAAUUGUCUUCUGUGGAGGCCAAUUCUAACGGAAGACGCAGACAACAGUCUUGCUCUCCUUCAAGAGUAAGGACUUCAAGUGGUAGUGGGAGUUCCAUUCCUUUUGUGCGUAAAGCAAAUGCUAGUAGUAGUGAUGAUGUGAAUCCAAUACUAAUGGGAACCAAAAUGGUUGAAAGAGUGGUAAACAUGCGAAAACUGGUACCACCAAAGCAAGACAACAAAGGCUCUGGCCAUAAUAAUUCUGCUGGGAAAUCAUCCUCAUCUCUUGAUAGCUCUGGCUUCGGAAGAUCACUCUCAAAGAAAUCCCUUGACAUGGCUUUGCGACACAUGGAUAUAAGAAGAAGCAUUCAAGGUAAUCUACGGCCUCUAAUGACAAACAUUCCAGCUUCAUCUAUGUAUAGUGUGAGAUCGGGUUCCACAAAGAGUGUUUCAGAUUCACCUCUUGCCACAAGAAGCAAUGCUAGCUCUGAACCCAGUGUCAACAACAAUUUCUCUUGUUUAGAUGAUAUUGAAAUGGAAUGCAGCAACGAUUUUGGAAGUGAGAGAGGAAACUCAUCUCCAACAAGCCAGCGUGGUAGGUAACACAUGUCCUCUUUGUUAUCCAUAGGUGGAAAGCUCAACUACCCUAAUGCUCAAGAAACAACCUGUUUCUAAAGCGGUAGAUGUUGUAUUGUGACUUACCGUUCUGUAAAAUUUGUUAAAUCUGCAGCAUAUUCUAUUUCCAAUAUCGUUGCUAUAUUACAGCAGCAGUCAGUUAGAUUCGGAUGAAAUGGAUCAACAAAUGAACUAUUUUUGUUAUGAGAGCUAUUUGCUUGAACUUAGGACUGAUGUAUAAGAACUGUGACAAUUGGAAAUUGAUAAGCUCCUGCCAUUAUUUUUCUGCGGAA